GGGCCUCAGGGAGGGCGGAGAAGGCCGCGGCCCGCGCGCGCCGUAAACAAGCUUCCCUGCGGCUGAGGAAAACGUGGGCCGGCGCGGCCUGGAAACCGGCCCAAUUAACACACGCGUGAACUUCCUCCUAGUCUGCUUCUCCCUUCCUCCUUAUAGCCUGGAAAAAAUGACAGAUUUUGUAGCUGUAUGGGAUGUUGCUUUGAGUGAUGGAGUCCAUAAGAUUGAAUUUGAACAUGGCACCACAUCAGGCAAACGAGUAGUAUAUAUAGAUGGAAAGGAAGAGAUAAGAAAAGAAUGGAUGUUCAAAUUAGUGGGCAAAGAAACCUUCUGUGUUGGAGCAGCAAAGACAAAAGCAACUAUAAAUAUAGAUGCUGUUAGUGGUUUUGCUUAUGAAUAUACUCUGGAAAUUAAUGGGAAAAGCCUCAAGAAGUACAUGGAGAAUAGAUCAAAAACUACCAAUACCUGGGUAAUGAACUUGGAUGGUGAGGACUUUAGAGUUGUUUUGGAAAAAGACACUAUGGAUGUAUGGUGCAAUGGUAAAAAGAUGGAGACAGCGGGUGAGUUUGUAGAUGAUGGGACUGAAACACACUUCAGUGUUGGGAACCAUGACUGUUAUAUAAAGGCUGUCAGUAGCGGAAAGCGGAAAGAAGGGAUUAUUCAUACUCUCAUUGUGGAUAACAGAGAAAUCCCAGAGAUUCUUAAAUGACUUCUUGUUAAUGAAUUUUCAUCUUAAGAAAUAAAGACCAGAACUUUUUAAUUACUGUGGUAAUUAAAUGUUUCAGCAUGUACUUAUCAGUACACUUAGUCUUCAAUGUUUUAUUUUUUAGCUACUUGAAACUAUAAUAUUCCAAGGGUUAGGAAAA